GAGAUAGAGGUAAAAAAUGGGAAGGCAGAGGUAUAGAGAGGUAGAGGUAGAGAGAGAGAGAGAGAGAGAGAGAGAGAGAGAGAGAGAGAGGAGAGAGAGAGAGAGAGAGAGAGAGAGAGAGAGAGAGAGAGAAAGAGGGAGAGAGGGAGUGAGUGAGAGAGAGAGAGAGCGAGAGAGAGAGAGAGAGAGAGUGAGAGAGAGAAAGAGAGAGAGAGAGAGAGAGAGAGAGUGAGAGAGAGAAAGAGAGAGAGAGAG